AUGUUGCGACGAAUAGCAUGUACUAUAGUACAAUCUCGUGGUAUAAAACAUACGGUAAAUAUCAAGUGGGUCAGGCCGGAGUAUGUGCCUGCAUACAAACCAGAAAAGUCUGGUGACUUAGAAGGUAUGCCACCGAUACCCGAGAGCGCUUUGGGCAUAGAUUAUGCCUUAACUGAAGAAAUAAAAGAUGCACCAGAAUCAGUGAAGAAAAUAUUUUCAGUUGGUCACCUUGGACGCAAAGAAUAUAACAAUUUGGUAAAACAGGAGCUGAAGGAUAGAGUCAGAAGGCAUCAGUACGAUACUAAUACUGCUGAAACUAAAAUUGCAUGGCUAACGGCACAGAUUCGUUACCUGCAGGACACUAUGGAUAAAUUCCCAAGAAACUCCAAGAUGAAGCAACUGGUGCAAGAGCGCAUUGACAGAAGAAAGAAGUUGUUAAAGUUUUUACGUCAAUAUGACUACAAGAAAUUUGAGUGGCUGCUGGAAAAACUUAAUAUCGAAUAUAAGGCUCAUCCCGAGUCCCACCACAAGUUAUCCCGCAAGGAGUCACUUCGCAAACUAACCGAGAUGCACUGCGAGGACAUUCGUAAAAAAAAACUAGAUGAUUAUCGUAACUUAUUAGAAAGUCAACAAGGACCGUACUUGAAGCAAAAGCUAGAAGCGCUCACCUUCAUAAGAAGUGAACAGAUCGAUUUACAAAUGCCUGUAACAGUGACCGAGCAAGAUAUUAAAAAGGUUGAAAAGAUGCUGGCAGAAUGGACCGUCAAGGAUCAGAUGAAACAACAGGCUCAGAAGAGAAAAAAGAUUAUUGCUAUAGAUUUGAAUUAA